CAUGUUGCCAUGGUGACCAUGGAUCGCAUGGUCUGGAUCCCUUUGUGUUUCCUCUGAAUGACCACAGGGUGGCGGUCUUUCUCUUUGAUUUUUAAUUUCAGAACUCACCAUGAGGGGCUGAUGGGAGGUUUGAGGAGCUGUUAGAAACCACGUGGCCCUCGUCUGAUCUCACAGCUCGUCCUUGUUUGGCCUCAGCUGCAUCAGAGCGCCACUUCUCCCCAGGUUCACCAGAGGAAACACCACUGCACAAAAUGCUUUUCCUCCCAGCUGCUGCUCUGUGCUGUCUGUGUUCAGCGCUGGUUGCCAUGGCAGCAGAGCUGAUUCAGGAUGAUUUAACAUUGACCAGGAGAGCUGGUGAAAAAGUCUCCUUCAGCUGUGGAGGAACUGACCAGUGUGACAGUGGACGCCCAUUUGUAUUCUGGUUACAGAAGAAAGACACAGAAACAUUCACAUUUAUUCUUGAUAUUGACAUGACGAAUGGUAACAUAGAUAGAAGGUACAAUCAUUCUCAGACAGAUGAUUUCUCAGCUGUAAAUAAACAGAACGGCAGUGAGUUGGAGAUCCAGACAGUUAAACUCUCACAUUCAGCCACCUACUACUGUGGCUGUGUGACAGACUACGACAUCUUUGGCUCUGGAACUAAACUGUAUGUAGAUGAGCAGGUAGUGAAGCCCGUGGUGAGCGUGUACCCAGCAGCCCACCUGGAGGGGAAGAGCUCCCUGCUGUGUCUGGCCUCAGCCAUGUCUCCUCCUGUGGUCCAGUUCUCCUGGAAAAGACAGAAGAACGGCCCGCUGGAGGAUCUGCCCCCUGCUGAGGGAGAGCAGCUGGAGCUCAGAGAGCCGGGACGCAUUGCCUCCAUCCUGCUGCUCCAUCGGCAAGAGAACAGCACAUAUAAAUACCACUGCUAUGUCAAGCAUGAGGGGAUAACAGUGGAGGCCCAAACAGAACAAGAGGUUUCUGCUCUUCCUCCACCUGUCCCGUCUCAGUACCAGGUGAAGAUGCUCUGUGUGCUGUACACAGUGCUGAUAGUGAAGAGUCUGGUGUACUGCUGUGGACUCUCUCUGCUGAUGAUCCUCAGAAACAAGGGACCGUCCACCAACUGCACACAUGCUGACUGACUGUUUUCUGCUCGCCUUUUCUCACCAUCACAUCUCAUCAAUUCAUCUCAUUUAUCACUUUGAUCAGUGUUCAGAAAUGUCAGU